CUACAAACAUUCUACCAAUCAAUUCAACAUGAAAACCCUAAUCGCACUCUUAUUCGCACUUUCCCUAAAUCUCCUUCCCUAUUCAACUCACUCCACGUUCAAUCCCAUCCGCCUUCGCACUAAUUUUGACUCUCCGGUGCUAGACACCGACGGAGAUGAGCUCCGGCCCGGCAGAACUUACGAAAUAAUCGCCGCACCCUCCGACUCGCUUAUAUGGCCACCCGGCUCAUCAUUGAAACUCGAAUGGUUAAAUUCGGCGAGCAAAUGCCCAAGCGACGUGCUAAUAUCGCUGGACGCCACGCCCAUCACGAUCACCCCGGCAGACCCGAGCGCCGCCGUCGUGUCGCCGUCGACUUUCGUGAGCUUCAAAUUCGACCUUCCGACGAACAAACUUUGCGUGGAUCACUUGUAUUGGGAGAUGCGGGAGGGCCCAUACUCCGGGCAGGUUUUCGUGAAGGCCGGCGAGUUUGUCUCGAACCAAAGCAACAAGUUCAAGAUUGAAGUGGAACCGGGGCUUAAUGGUUAUAGACUCACUUAUUGUCCGUUCGGCGCCGAUGAAUGUAACAACCUCGGCGGACAGCUCGACAUGGAGACGAGGGUUAUUCGUUUGGGUGUGAAUGAAUUUCCCUUCGUUGUUGUGUUUAAGAAAGCUAUGAUAAAUAAGUGACGUUGCAACUUUGACAACGUUGUCCGUGUGUAAGAAUAAGAAUAAGGGUAUUUGAACUUUUAUAAUUCUCUUACUUUCAAAAUGUUCUAUUGUAAAAUUUAUAAUUAUUUAGGAUUUACUCUUCUUCAGUGUAAUUCUCUCUCUUCUUUCAAUAGUGACA